UUGAUGGUUACUCCUGGUGAUAAUUUUCUAGCAGUUUUACAAGGAUUACAAACCAAGUCUAACUUUUGAAAUUUACGCGCCAUUUCACUUGAUUAGUGGCUCCCACGUGACAAUACCCAAACUGUGAGUAUUGUUUUCAAGCAUUCAAGCGCAUGUAGUGUAAAACUGUUUAGUUCCACUGCAAAAUCCAUUCUGCCGGCAUAAAGUACGCCGCAUGACGCCGUAGAGCAUAAAAAACAUCAUGUGAUCAACUGUCAUUAUGGAAAAGAAAAAAAGAAUCAAAUUUCACAGACUAGAAGAUGUACUUCCAGGAAAAUGUAUGAACCCAGAAGAUAAACCGCCCGUGGAGGAAGAAAAGUCAGUAACAAUCAUUGUGAGCUUCACCUCCAGUAAACCAACCGCCAAAGAUGAUUACAAGUGUAUCGGGGGUCAGACUGACAAAGGUGUUCAGCAUCAACAAGGAUCACCCAAGGAUUUUCCAGUCAAGGAAAACCAAGGAACGAUUGAGAGUUUGAAUACUAAAGAAAAUGGGAAUACCUUUGCAGCUGAUAACGAAAGUAAAGACAAGAAUAAGGGCUAUGAGGAAAGAGAAAUAUGCAGGAUGAAAGCCAAGAGUGCAAAAGUGUGUACACCACCGAACAUGAGAAACGAGAGACUAAGUACCAAGAAACGUGCUCAAGAAGGCGAGAAUGUGAGCCCUCAAGUAGAGAAGGAACCGAGAUAUCUUGAUAAGAGAGUCUCCAAUAACACCCUGGGACCAGUUGACAAUACCUUGGGACCUAAAGAAAGAGCAGGUGAGAACACCGUGGGACCUAAAGACAGAGCCUAUAGGAACACCGUGGGACCUAAAGAAAUAGCAGGUGACAAUACCUUGGAACCUAAAAACAGAGCACAUGGGAACACCGUGGGACCUAAACAGAGAGCAGAUGGAAACACCGUGGGACCUAAACAGAGAGUAGAUGGGAACACCGUGGUACCAAAAAAGAGCCUCAAAGAUGAAAAUGACUUACAAAGAGCCCCAAAAAGGCGAAAUUGGAGAAAAAAUAUGCGCCGUCCAUCAAGCGGGUCCAUUGGACAAUCUAUGGCAGACUCACCUCAGCGCGGCACACCUCAGCUCUCAAAGUCUGAUAGGAAGGGGGAAAAGACGGCAAAGGGUAAAGAGAUUAAAAGAGUGAUACCUGCUGGUGAAAGCAAGACGACCGCGCCCAACAGUCCCAUCGUUGAACGACCGCGAAGGGGAGCUGAAACAAACCGGAAGUGCCUACCUGAUAGUGAUCUUUUCACUCAGCCUCUGAGCAUUACAGAAAUCGCUGGUCACGUGCCAAAUUUUGAGAAGAGAGAGCAUAGGAGCGACCAGAAGUCUUCCUCCGAUAGCGGAUACAGUGAGUCAGUUUCGGGACUGAAAUCACCUCGGCUAGUACCCAGACUUCGACCAGGCUUGUUGCAUAUUCCUAAGACCCUUUCUGAUCAUUUAAGGGCGUCGACGCUUGAUGGGAAGCCUGUGGUUAUGUCUGGGUCUAAUGCUGAGGAAAAUGGUAUAGCUCAGUGCCCUACUGGUAAAAAGCCUAAAGUGAAAGAACCGGUCGCCAUUAGGCAAAGAUCCGGAAUGCCACCAAUGAACAGAAGGCUUAGUCGUGGGGGCGAAAAGCCCUACACCAAGGGCAGCUUACGCAACAAGCAGCCAAUCAACGCUAAUUCCCAUUGUCAUCCGAGCGUCGAUCAGCCAAUCAACGCUAAUUCCCAUUGUCAUCCGAGCGUCGAUCAGCCAAUCAACGCUAAUCCCCAUUGUCAUCCGAGCGUCGAUCAGCCAAUCAACUCUAAUUCCCAUUGUCAUCCGAGCGUCGAUCAGCCAAUCAACGCUAAUUCCCAUUGUCAUCCGAGCGUCGAUCAGCCAAUCAACGCUAAUUCCCAUUGUCAUCCGAACGUCGAUCAGCCAAUCAACGCUACUUUCCAUUGUCAUCCGAGCGUCGAUCAGCCAAUCAACACUAAUUCUCAUUGUCAACCACGCAUUGAUCAGCCAAUCAACGUUAAUUCCCAUAAUCAUCCGAGCGUCGAUCAGCCAAUCAACGCUAAGUCUCAUUAUCAUUCACGCUUCGAUAAGCCAUUCAUCGCUGGCCCCUAUUGUCAAUCACUAACCAAGCAGCUAGUCGAUGCAGGUUCGUCUAGCCAACUGAGCAUUGAGCAGCCAAUCAAUACCAGGCAAUCAAUCUGUGAUCCUUUCUAUGAUAGUCUAGCUUAUCAAACCGGAAUUCACCCCAAGUCUUGCGCACCAACAACAUCGGAGACAUUGCAAUAUAACCGUAGCAAGAUGACUCCGUUUCCCAUGAUGCCACACGCGCCGGUUUACCCUUUCGGACAAUGGCCUGGUAUGGUCCCGCCCUUGUGGCAACCUGCCUUUCUGAAUAGCCCCUUUUCCAAUCCGCCGUCUCCCUUUAUGGGCUACCCGGGCUUGGCCCAACCUUGGCCUGUCCCACCCUUUAGAGCUCAUUACCCUGUAGUAGGUUCCGGUUGGUGCUUGCCAAGGCACGAUCGACCUUUUGAUGUUCGCUCUCAGUUGCGAAAGCUUUGGGCAAGUGAGAAGGACGAUAAGGAUUCUGCAGCAUUUACACAUUGCGCCGGGGAAGUUGUUUUAAGUCCUGUCGACAGGCAACUUACCGGCAACUUACCUGUGUCAAAGAUGGAUAGCCCUUGUAUUAGCAUUCCACCUGACAGCGCCAUUGAAAACCCAAGUGCAGUGAAAGUGCCCAAGGAACCUGUUGAGAAAAAAUAUUUGCAUGCAGAAGAACUAAAGCCCUUAAACAGCUACAAGGAGCUUAGGAAAUUCAAGAAAGAGAUCACCAUUGUCAUUUCCGAGGGACUCCCUCAAGAUAACCUGCUUUUCAUGGAGAGAGCUAGAAGCCCGUCCCAAGAUGUGUCCCCUCAAGAAGAAGAUGAUGAAGAAUAUACGAAGCCAGUAUUUGAUGGCAUCUGGGCCCUUGAAGAAGACUUCGAAGAGAAUCUUGUGAUAGACGAUGUUGACCCGAUGUUAACGGAUGACAUUUGUCGUGAGUUCAUGAUGUCGGGGGAGUGCCAUAGAGGUGAAAACUGCAAGCUACGUCACCCUGCUUGUCGCUACCUUGUACGACCUGAGAACACGAGGCAAGAGGCGGUUUCUAUACGGCCCCAAAAUGACGCUCACUCCUACGCCGCUAUCUUGGCAAAUCGAGACGAAACCUUGGAUCACGCUCUCUUAAACAACAGUGUGGCGUCGAUUGAUACACCUUCACGCAGUUGCGAGAACCCAGCGGCGAUUAAUAGAAGCUCCGACGGUCGACUACAACGGGGUUUGUCUGUGGGAACAUACGCCAAUGCACUGUUGGAUCCUGAGCCAAAGGACGAAGUCACCGGGGACGGCUAUGAGGCUGGUUUUCCUUCACUCGGAGGAGCAUCAGCCAGCCCCAGUACAAAGAGACCGCGUGAUACUAGAUGGUCGAUCAAGCCUCGAAGUGCCCCUAUCCCCAAGACGAAUCCCUGGUUUGCUAGGUGUUAUCAAGAUGAAGGAAUUCUUGACGACGCUGCUUUAGCAAACGAGAUUCAGCUUGAAACGGACGCAGCUUGUGCCGAAGAACUGCAAGCACUAGAAUAUCAAUCCCUGCUUCCUGUGGAUGUGGAUAAACACUAUACUGAGGCUCAUCAAUACGAAACUGAUCUUUACGGCACUGAUGACGUAUUUGAGGAGGACGUUGACCUGGUGCCCCCGACACCGGAAGGGCUUGAUUACCAAAAUCAGAACUCCCCAAAUUUAGGCAGCUCAUCGUGCCAAGAUAUCAAUUAUAGCGUGAGAAAUAGCAAUAGUCACAAUUUAUCAGCCAAGGAAGGAGGACCGAGGGAAUUGGAAGUUACGUCACCGGAAGUAUGUGCAGACGACUAUGACGUGAUGAUGUGUGACAUAUGCAUGGAUCGAAAGAAGAACGCGUCGCUGCUUUGCGGUCACAGAUACUGCUACCUUUGCGCAUGUCAAAUGAGGGCCGACGAUGGGAAGUGUGCGUUUUGCAAGAGGCCAAUUCUUACCGUGAUCAAGACUUUUAACUAAGCUCUCUACACAGAAUGUGACAUUGAAUAGGCAAGUCCAGAUAAAGGUUUUACUUGUUUAAACGUGUAAAAUGAAAGGUGCCCGUGUUGGACGUUGUCCAUGUUGUGCCCUAGUGGCGAGGACACUUGUUAGUGGUGUUAACUUUGUUACCUUGAUAUAAAGCUAUUCCAAGAAAAUUUGUCACACAAGCCUACGUGCUACGUGCCUAGGGUCCAAAGAAAAACACGCGUUAAAAAUUAUAUAUAAGAAAGCUACUUUCGAAUAGACAUAACCAUGACUACUUAUCCAUGAUUUGGGAAUCUGGAAAAGUUUCAUGUAACAGAAUGGAUUGAAAGUUGCCAAAUUACCCGUUAUUCUGACUUCCCAUGCUCCUUUGCGGUCUGGGCGCAUAGGCUUGAGCGCGACAUUUUUUUUAAAUAGCGAUGAAGGUGGUGCCUGUGUCAUGUUUGACCUCGUGACCUUAAUAUUACUUCAGUGAUUGGUGUUAUUACCCUGAUCAGAGGGUGAUACCUGUGUGAUGUUUAGCCUCGUGACCUUGAUACGACUUAUCAGUGAUUGGUGUUAUUACCCUGAUCAGAGGUGAUACCUCGGACCCCAGACAGAAUCUGUCAUUGUUAUAGUUUGUUGAUAUUUGUCAAGCUUAAAGGGGAAAAUGCUAGUAAGGAAAAGUAAAAUAAACUGCUAUUAAACCUCUUUCCUUACACUUUCAAUUACUUGUGUUGAUGCUGAUUUUCUAAAAUUUAUGCAGAUUGUACUCCUCUCUUUUACUUUAUUGUUUAAAGUCGUCCUGGGCCCUAGUUUAAUAAAGAUGUUGAAGAAUCGCAUAAAUCGGUCAGUAUUUUAUUUUAUUACAUGAUUGACAUUUUCCAUUGUUCUUGUAAGUCCUUUAUUUAACUUAAAUAUCACUACUAAUUUACCUACUAAAAUACCUACUGCUAAUUUACAAUCUUAAAGAACGGGGUGGGCUUGAAGUAUCAGAAGGGAAAAAGUUGGGUUCAAUAACUCGUUAAAAAUAAAUGAGGUUAAUAACUAGAAUUAUUGCAUGAUUAAUUUACAUGAACGGGAGGGCUUGGUGUAUCAGCAGGGAAAAAGUGGACUUUAAUAUUAACUUAUUAAAUAUGAAUGAGGUUAAUUACUUAUUUCAACUCCACCUUUUGAAAUUGAGUCCGUGCAUGGAGCAGCCCCUCUUUGUCUUAAUGUUAAUUAUGAUUGUGUACGGUAUUGAUCUAAUGAGCUUCUCAAAUUUGUGCAAUCAACCACCAACUCUCCCGGGCUUCAUUGCAUCAGGUCAAUAAUAACCUAAACCUUCUUUGUUUUUUUCCAAAAAAGUCGAUUAUUAUUGAGUCUUGCCCUCUUUUCCCCCUGUGUAAAUUGUUAUUUGCUAGGUAUAAAUCAUCUAAUAAGCCUCCUCCUAGUAACAGCUGGGCGUUAGUCGCACGGUUGGACAUCUUGUUCUGGACAGGGGGCUACACGGUCCUGUAAGUCAAGUUGGAAAAUUAGCUAAGACGAUCUAAGAGGACUACGCCAUACAAGCAGCCCCCGGUCUCCCAUUCCCUGCCGCGACCGUGAUUGGAGUCUCAACCGUUGAUAAAACUGAUUCUUGCGCUUUUUGCCAGCUAUCACUCCUCCGCAUGCUACAAAGGUCCGAAGGACACCAGCAGAGUGAGGCUAUCCGGUGGUUUUCUUCCUACAUCGUUGUGUUGAUUCUCGAGAAACAAAGUUGUAUCUUUGACAUUUUCGCGAGAUUAGAUACUAUUAUGAGACUCGAACUCGUAGUAGUAUGUUUGCUAUUCCGCGGUCUUCCUGUGUAGAAACAGGUUAUUUUAGUUACGUUCCGUCAUUAUAAACAAGCACUUGGUUCCCAUUGGUCGGGACGUGUUUUAUUGUCUCCUGACCAAUUGGCAUGUAGUUAGUCAGGGGUAUGUAAAGGCUGCGUGAUUUUCAAAAUGGCGGAGGGCGAAAGAGAGGAGACCAAAUCUACUGGCAAUUCUUGCUCUAAUUCGUCAGGCGAAACUUAUAAGCACAUAGAUCGCCUAGUGUUGCUUCAUUUCUUCGUUGUUUUCGUAUCAAGUUUUGCUCUUGGAUUAUUAUUUCUCCACUCUUCUCUGACGUUUUGGCGAAUGCAGUAUGAAGACGGCUAUUACGAGAACUUGUUUGACUUGGGAUACCAACAGAACUUUGUCCCCCAAGAUGACAUUGUAAAUGUGGUGUCCUACAAUGCGAAUUCGUCUUUCUCCCUAGUCAGAUGAUAGGAUGUUGGACUGUGUUAGACAUGGACAUGAAGGACAUGAAUUAGAUGGCUUAUGUCACAGGUUCAACAACCGCAAGGCAAAAAAGAUUUGCUCUGGAUAUCUGUAAGACAGUAAUCGACAGUAAUCAAGACAAUAAGUGCACGCUCUGGAAAGGUUGACAAGAAGGACCAUGGAUUACGGGCAGUCUAUGUGAACAUGCCCAACAUUAAGAACACAAAGUGAAGAUGUUCGGUGUAAAACAUGGCUCAUGAGUAAAUGACAAUAGGAAUAAAUUACAAGAUAUAUAAAACAUCCAUAUGUUGGAAUGUAACCUGCAAGAGACCCACAAAAACAAGUGCAUUUAAUAAAAUAAUAACAAUAAGCCACUUUUCGGUAAGAAUCACGUGACUUUUCGAGUGGUAAACCCGCGCCAAAAUAAACACAGAAAUGGCUGUGGCUGUCAGAGAUAGCCUGGGUGCCAGAGGCUCGGGCUUCACUCGUUUACUGUCACGACGGCCAAAUCCUGGUAACAAGGGUAGGCGAGAAAACGACGAAAAAAUAAAUACUGAUGAAAAAAAUAAAUACUGGUGAAAAUAAACACUUUUUAACAUAAAAAAAA